ACUACUACAUCUACAACUACAAUGCAACCGACUACAACUACUACACCUACAACUACAACGCAACCGACUACAACUACUACAUCUACAACUACAAUGCAACCGACUACAACUACUACACCUACAACUACAAUGCAAACGACUACAACGCAACCGACUACAACUACUACACCUACAACUACAACGCAACCAACUACAACUACUACAUCUACAACUACAAUGCAAACGACUACAACGCAACCAACUACAACUACUACAUCUACAACUACAAUGCAACCGACUACAACUACUACACCUACAACUACAACGCAACCAACUACAACUACUACAUCUACAACUACAAUGCAAACGACUACAACGCAACCAACUACAACUACUACAUCUACAACUACAGUGCAACCGACUACAACUACUACAUCUACAACUACAAUUACACCUACAACUACAAUGCAACCGACUACAACUACUACACCUACAACUACAAUGCAACCGACUACAACUACUACACCUACAACUACAAUGCAAACGACUACAACGCAACCAACUACAACUACUACAUCUACAACUACAAUGGAAACGACUACGACGCAACCGACAACAACUACUACACCUACAACUACAAUGGAAACGACUACAACGCAACCAUCUACAACUACUACAUUUACAACUACAAUGCAACCGACUACAACUACUACACCUGCAAUGCAACCGACUACAACUACUACACCUACAACUACAAUGCAAACGACUACAACGCAACCAUCUACAACUACUACAUUUACAACUACAAUGCAACCGACUACAACUACUACACCUACAACUACAAUGCAAACGACUACAACGCAACCAACUACAACUACUUCAUCUACAACUACAGUGCAACCGACUACAACUACUAUACCUACUACUACAAUGCAAACGACUACAACUACUACAUCUACAACUACAAUGCAACCGACUACAACUACUACACCUACAACUACAAUGCAAACGACCACAACGCAACCGACUACAACUACUACACCUACACCUACAACUACAAUGCAAACGACUACAACGCAACCGACUACAACUACUACAGCUACAACUACAGUGCAACCGACUACAACUACUACACCUAUAACUACAAUACAAACGACCACAACGCAACCGACUACAACUACUACACCUACAACUACAACGCAACCGACUACAACUACUACAUCUACAACUACAAUGGAAACGACCACAACGCAACCGACUACAACUACUACACCUACAACUACAAUGCAACCGACUACAACGCAACCGACUACAACUACUACAUCUACAACUACAAUGCAAACGACUACAACUACUUCACCUACUACUACACUGGAAACGACUACAACUACUACAUCUACAACUACAAUGGAAACGACCACAACGCAACCGACUACAACUACUACACCUACAACUACAAUGCAACCGACUACAACUACUACACCUACAACUACACUGCAACCGACUACAACUAGUACACCUACUACUACACAGCAAACGACUACAACUACUUCACCUACUACUACACUGGAAACGACUACAACUACUACAUCUACAACUACAAUGGAAACGACCACAACGCAACCGACUACAACUACUUCACCUACUACUACACAGCAAACGACUACAACUACAAUGCAAACGACUACAACUACUACAUCUACAACUACAACGCAACCAACUACAACUACUACACCUACAACUACACUGCAACCGACUACAACUAGUACACCUACAACUACACUGCAACCGACUACAACUAGUACACCUACAACUACACUGCAACCGACUACAACUAGUACACCUACAACUACACUGCAACCGACUACAACUACUACACCUACAACUACACUGCAACCGACUACAACUAGUACACCUACAACUACACUGCAACCGACUACAACUACUACACCUACAACUACAAUGCAACCGACUACAACUACUACACCUACAACUACAAUGCAACCGACUACAACUACUACACCUACAACUACACUGCAACCGACUACAACUACUACACCUACAACUACAAUGCAACCGACUACAACUACUACACCUACAACUACAAUGCAACCGACUACAACUUCUACACCUACAACUACA